AUGGAUCCCGAGGAACUUGAAAAGAAGCGAGCAGCAAUGCUGGAACGAAUGGAGGCCCGACAGAAAGAGCUGAAAAUGAAGAAAGAAGCUCGCCUUCAACCAGAUCCGCAAGCCCAGGUAAUGAAAACGCCAAGUGCACUAAACAAGGGCCCAUACCACCUCGAAGAUGUCUUGAAUCUUUCGGCAAUCUCGAUGUUUGGCGUCAACGAGAAAUCCUUCGCUGGAUUGGCGACAUCUACCCCGUACCUCGCACGCGCGCAACUAGCCGGCUCGAAUCGAUCAAUCAACUCUGCGGAUUUGUCGACUAUUGGAUUCGCCGAGCCUCGAUCGAUCGACGACGAGUUGCAUCGUCAGUUUAUGGCACUUGCGUCAUGGGGGAACACGGUGAUGAAGAGCGACAUACUUGGCAUUGAAGUUGAACUUGAUGAUGUUAAAGCAAAAGCCAACAAAUGUCUCGAGGAGAUGCUGACCCAACGAAGAAACAUCGAGACCGCCGCCAACACACGGCCAUACGCGGAUUGGGCACAAAGUCGAGCGCUGGACGAAUAUCGCGAGAAAUGCAAGAACCUCUUCACUACCAAGAAAAUCGAGCAACAAAUGAAGAGUUUGGUGGCUUCCGGAGCGGUUCAUGUGCAUCCCGACAAGCGAAUCUAUCUAGACAUCGAACUCCAAAUGAAAAUUCUCUACAUUCUGUUGUCCUUCCACCCAUUUUGGCUGCACAUGGGAUUCGAAUUGAUAUUCGGCAAGAAGAUUACGAUCAAGAAAGGACAAAGCAUUGUUGCAUUGAUAUCUCGUUUCUGCCGCGACAGCUUGUUCACGAAUGACAAGAUAUUGAAGUACAAGAAAGCAACGCAAGGAGGCUCUGGAAACCUUCGUUUGAUGACGGCAACCGGUGUGAAAAUGAUGCACGAACAUAUUCUUCACAAGCUCAUGAUGUUCUUCGUCUUCGUUGAAGAGGCAAAGAAGACCGCAAUCAUUGUACGAGCCCCUGGAAUGUUUGGACGCAAGUCGGAGUACAAGGAAUUGAAAGACGUUUUCGCCGAACUUUCUCGACUCUUCCUCCAAUCAAGCAUGAUUAUGCCAAAACUCUUGAAAAAGGAGGGAUUCAAUUUGUCCUUUAUUCAGCCGUUCUACGAAUUCUACGUGUACCGGAUCACGAAGUUUGAUGACGUGGGAGAUGGGAUUGUGCUUGGACGAAUUGUCGAAUACUUGCUCGGAAUGGAGUCGAAUUCUCUGAUGUCCAAGUUGAGGAGCCCGUCUGGAGAUCGCAUUCGCAAGAUUGGUAACCUGAACACGAUUUUGACGACUCUACAGGCACAUAAUGUUGACAUUGGAAGUUUGACAGCCGCAUCAAUUGUCGGACUCAAUCGGAUAAGCAUCAUCGAACUAAUGUGGCGAUUGGUCGGCUUUUAUAUGCAAAGCAAUAACCUCCAACCAAUCCCGGUGGCCCCACUCGAGACCGUUGAGCCGAACAAGAUGAAGGAAUUCCGCAAAGAGCUUAUCAAACGAUGCCAAGACUUUGCAGAGAAAGUCGGAGUAAAGGUCGACGGUUUCCGAUCGAUUCGUGAUGGUACUGUCUUCGCCGAGCUUUGGAGAGUCUACACUGAUGACCAGCCAUCGCUAAACGAAUUUGAUGGGGAGGACCUUUGGUCGAAAGUUUACAAUGCGGCUCAUUCGGUGCUCGGGGUGCCCCAAUGUGUUGUGAUGGAAGAUGCCAGAUCGCUCACACUGUUUACAGUGGGCUUUCUGAAAGCCUUAGAAGAGUAUCGCAAUGAUCAUGCACUACGAGCUUCGGGUGUCAACUCUGAACCUGCCUCGUCUGAGCCAGCGACUUCUGAACCUGCCACCUCUGAACCACCAUCACCAGCUAUCAGCACUGCCUCUGAAUUUGGAGCGACAUAUACCGUUGCCGAAGGAUUAAUUCAAGAAGAAGAUUCAUUGGACCCGACUUUGGUUGAAAACGAUGUUUUCGAGUCGGAGAAAGAGGAUGAUCCAGCGCAUUGCGAUUUAUCAACAAACUUUGAGGAUGAGUCGACUCUUAUCAGGUCUUGUUCAGAAGCCGAAAAAACUAAUGGAAAUAUCAGCCCUAUUGUGGAGAGUUCAACCCAAGCAACUCAAUCGGAUGCUUCGACUGAAGGCCAGGAUGUGGACCUCUACCAGAUAGACAUCGAUCAAAUGGCCGCCCUAAAAGACGAGGAGAACGCAAAAUUAGCAGAACGUGAGCCGAAGAUCGAGAUGGUUGAGAAAGAAGAGGUCGGAAACUUGGUGACCGAUGAGGAGAUGAAUCAAAUGGAAGCAGGGCACGCCGAUGAAGGCCUCGUGAUGGAACGGAUCGAGAUUGACGGCGAAACGAGCUUCGGAUGGAGAGAGUCCGAGCCAGAGGAUGAUGAGCCACCAAACGUCGCGAAAACCUCCUCGAUCAUCGACACGCCACAACUCUACUACAACACCAAGGCCACCGACUUCGACAAGCAAUACUUGCCAGACGUGCCUCAAAUGUUCGAUUUCAAGAACAACUUGGAUGAUGAGGAAGCGCCAGUAGAAUCAGAAGAAAACAAAGAGAAUGUUCCCCAUCAAACUUCUUCAGCAACCACCAUCGACGACAAAGAGAAUGUGGACCACCACCAAACAUCAUCAUCGGCAUCGAAAGAAACAUCAAGUGCAACGACGAGCACAAUCAGCAAUUUGCCACCACUUCCGAACUUUGACCUUUCGCAUAUGAAGAACACGACUUCCAAUUAUGCCGAUAAAAGCGUCAGCGACCCAAUGCUUGAAAUCUACGCAAAAAUGAAGGCGCUCGAACGGGAGCAAACCGAAAUGACUCGUUUGAUACAGGCUUUGAAAGUGAAGGCGGAAAAUGCGCUCGACAAU